CGGCGUGAUGAUGAUGGUGAUGGUGAUGAUGAUGAUGAUGGUGAUGUGGAGUCUGAAGCUCACGCGCAUGAAACAGUGAUAGAAGUGAUGGAGUUGUUUCCUGGAGGGAUGUGAGAUCCUUCUUCACCUUUGCUCUGAACUUUUAUUCUCGCUGGAAACGAAGUCAGUCCGGAUGUUUAAGGACUUAAGCGCUCUUAGGAACUUCUUCUGCGUCUGGAAUAUUUCCUUAAAUACAACAGAAGGACGCGAUUCUGGAUUCAUGAAGCAGGAUUGACUCGCAGCGCAAAAUGUGCGAAAAAAGCGACAACCACUUCGGAAAAGGCGUUCUUCAGACAGAACAGACAAAACACACAGAUGGAAACUUUGAUCACGUUGAAAUCUCCGAAUGCAGAGACACAAACUCUGUAAGCAACACUCGUUUAUACCGGAGGAGAUGGCUCAUUCUGUUUCUCUUUAGCUCUUAUUCGCUGUGCAACGCGUUCCAGUGGAUCCAGUACGGAAUCAUCAACAACAUCUUCAUGAAAUUCUACAACGUCUCUUCAUUCGCCAUCGACUGGCUGUCAAUGAUCUAUAUGCUGACUUAUAUCCCCUUCAUAUUUCCAGUGGCAUGGCUGUUGGAGAGGAAGGGGCUGCGGGUGAUCGCUCUGUUCGCAGCCUCGAUCAACUGCGUGGGAACGUGGAUCAAAGUGGCCAGCGUUCAGCCCAGCCUGUUCUGGGUCACUAUGCUCGGACAGUUCGCCUGUUCCUUUGCGCAGGUGUUCAUUUUGGGAAUGCCGUCUCAGGUGGCGUCCGUGUGGUUCGGAUCUGAUCAAGUGUCCACCGCCUGCGCCAUCGGCGUGUUUGGAAACCAGCUUGGCAUUGCUAUUGGUUUCUUGAUCCCGCCGAUUCUUGUGCCCAACGUGGAUGACAUGAAUGAACUGGCUCAACACAUCAGCAUCAUGUUCUACAUCACAGCCGCUGUGGCCACCCUCAUCUUUCUGCUGGUCGUGUUUGUUUUUCAGGAAAAGCCUGAAAUCCCUCCGUCUCUGGCUCAGGUGGCGCUCAGACACAUGCCCACCACACAGAACUCGUACCUGGCUUCAAUCGUAAGACUUUUCUGCAACAAGCCCUUCAUCCUCCUCCUCAUUAGCUACGGACUGAACGUGGGAUGUUUCUAUGCUGUUUCCACUCUGUUGAACAGGAUGAUAAUAGAGCAUUAUCCUGGUGAAGAGGUGAAUGCUGGGAGAAUUGGCUUGACUCUCGUCAUCGCUGGCGUGGUCGGCUCUCUGAUCUGUGGAAUUUGGCUAGACAAGACCAAGACUUAUAAGCAGACGACGCUCUCAGUGUAUCUGCUGUCGUUUGUGGGGAUGGUGAUCUAUGCUUUCACCCUGAACUUGGGUCAUCUGUGGGUUGUGUUCCUCACAUCAGGAGUGCUCGGGUUCUUUAUGACGGGUUAUCUGCCGCUGGGCUUUGAGUUUGCAGUGGAGCUCACGUACCCAGAGUCAGAGGGAACAUCUUCAGGACUGCUCAACUGCUCAGCACAGAUGUUUGGAAUUGCAUUCACCAUCAUUCAAGGCAAAAUCAUCGAUCACUUCAGCACACUGGCCGGAAACAUCUUCCUCUGUGUGUUCCUCUUCAUCGGCUCCAUCAUGACAGCGCUUAUAAAAUCUGACCUGCGGCGACAGAAGGCCAACAGUCAAUCUCAGACAGAGGUGAUCGCUGACUCAUCUGUAUAUUCCCAAGAUGGAAAAUCGUUACCGGUAAAAGAGGUGAAGAUGUAAAGACGGAAACCAUCGGAAUCAUUACAACUCCAUAUGAACCAUCAUACGCAUAAAUCCUCCUGAACUUUACACAGCCA